GAGCGGUCAAGCUGUGUGACUUCACUGAGGACCAGACCGCAGAUUGGUAAGAUCCUGUACAGUCAGUGUGGGGAUGUGAUGAGGCCCCUCAGCCAGAACCCCACCAACGCCGGGGUCCUCAAGGUCCUGGGGAAGCCCAAGAGUGAUGAGAUGAAUGUGAAGGUGCUGGACUUUGAGCACUUCCUGUCCAUGCUCCAAACUGUGGCCAAGAACAAGGACCAGAGCACCUAUGAGGAUUAUGUUGAAGGACUUCGGGUGUUUGACAAGGAAGGGAACGGCAUCGUGAUGGGUGUGGAUAUGCAACAUGUUCUUGUCACUCUGGGUGAGAAGAUGACAGAUGAAGAAGUAGAGAUGCUGGUGGCAGGGCAUGAGGAUAGCAAUGAUUGUAUCAACUAUGAAGAGCUGGUCUGUAUGGUGCUGAAUGGCUGAGAACCUUCCCUCUCCCCAAAGCCCAUGCCUUUCCCUGCCUUUCCUGAAGGCGUCCCAGGCCUUCUGGUCACAGCACCUUGCCCAUCUUGCCUCUCUUGGAUGAUGUUUGCGUCAGCAUUCACCAAAUAAAUUUGCUCUCUG